AUGUAUAUUACUGAAGUGCUUUCAAACUGGCUUUCAUUGCCCGGGGAAUUGCACUUCGAAUACCCGCCAAACCGAAGUGAAUUCAUUGCUGAUCUCGAACGAAUAGUAGACGAUAAAGACGCGAAAGAAGAGAAUGUGGAAAAGUCUUUUGUUGGGAAAGAACAAGAAAGUGGAGAAAGAAGGCCUGUUGCAUUAGAAGUGGAGAAAAACAUUGAAUAUGACGAAUUUCCUUACCGUCAUGUGGAGGCGCCGCAUUACAUUCGGGAUUGCAUCGAGCAGCUCAACGAAAAAGAGGACUAUGCGAAAUUUGAAGCAGCUUUUCAUGCGCUAGAUCCAUUGAUCAGGCGGCGAGCUAUCGGUUAUGACGAAUCGGCGAAGGAGCUGUUAUGGAAACUUAUCGAACUCACUGAUCGCUUCCGCACCGAAAACUUCCAGGAGAAACGUUUACAACUGAUUGUAUCCUGUUUAUUGAUGAGCCCACAUUUGGGCAGUGUUGCUGUGGACUUUAUGUUCUCCAGAAGGUUUGAUUUCAAUUAUCAUUGUGAUGCCUAG